AGUACCUUGCAGACUUCUCAAUAGACAUCAGACGCCCAGAGUGCUAGUAUAACAUCAAUCGUCUCUUUGAGUACGGAGAAUUCCAUCCAGUGGCGUCUUGGUUUUCAUUCAGCCUAGUAUGGCCACUCCGGUUCCAAGACCCAAUGGCAAAACCGUCUUGCUCACGGGAAUGAACGGUUUUAUUGCCUCGAACAUUGCCCUCCAGCUACUCGAUCGUGGUUACAUUGUCAGAGGAACGUCUCGCAAGGCGGACACGGUUUCCCCAUUGCUCAAGCAGCCUUUGUUCAAUCGCUUCGCCAACAUCAUUCCAGCCCGAGUUCAGCACGUUAUCGUGCCUGACAUCUCAGCCAAGGCCGCUUUUGACGAGGCAGUGCAAGGGGUAGAUGCAAUUAUUCACACUGCCUCCCCAAUAGACUUCUCUCUAGAGACUGUCUCUGAGUUCCUCGAUCCUGCCAUCGGAGGAGUGCAGGCUAUUCUAUGCAGCGCAUACCACGAAAACGAAGGAGCUAUCCGAAACGGCCAAGUUGCUCCGAUCACUAGUUUCGUGCUCACCAGUUCGAUUGCUGCCAUUUUUGAUCAAUGGAGAUUUCCACCACAUUCAGAGAGUGGGGCAAGGAAUCAUGCCUAUUCUGAGGUUGACUGGAACGAGAGUGCUGAGGCAGCAGCGAGGGAGAGCGAGGCAGAAGGUCGUCCACUGAUACCGAUGGUGGCAUAUGCAGCUUCGAAAGUCGCAGCCGAGAGAGCCAUGUGGGACUUUAUCCAGGUCAAGUCUGAGGAGGCUGGAAGAAUUCAAAUCGUUCCGGCAUGCAGCAGCAUAAAUCCUGGAGUCGCAAUCGGACCACCGGUAUUGUGGCCCGAUACACCAGAGCGACUGAACGAGACUUUAAUGCCCAUGUGGAAGAUAUGGAGUGGAGAGGCCAAAGCUACCAACACCAUGCCACCACAAAUUGGGAGUGGUACAUUCAUCGACGUGAGGGAUGUGGCACGACUUCAUGUGUGGUGCAUGGAGAAUACGCAAAAGAGCUCUAGUCAACGAUAUAUGAUUACGAAUGGAAAGGCUUCAUCACAAGCCGUUGCGGAUCUGCUACGAGAGGGAUUGGUCGAUGAGCACAAGGUGGCACAAAGGAUUAUUAUUGGUGAUCCUGGCAAGGGUUAUACAUCAGGAUUCGGCUUUUCGUCAAACGAGCCAAGUGCAUGGGCAAUGAAGGCUUACGAGGCGUUGGACAGAAGUACUUUCAGGAGCUUCGGUCAAUGUAUCAGAGAUACUGUUCUGGCGUUUCGGGAAAGAUGGCCAGAGUAUGGGUACUAG